GCAACAUUUCCAGAUUUCAGUUAGCCUGAGAUGUCAGCUAUAUCGCUGGCCAUUUGCUUAAUAUCAGUUUGAAGAUGUCACAGCUCAAUGACUCUGACCGAAGCCUGGACUCCAUCAACUCUGACCACAUAGCCCCUAGUGCUGUCAUGGGGCUGUGCUGCUUGAUUGGUGUCUUCGGCAAUGUAGCAGUGGUUUCGGUGAUAGUGUGCAAUCACAAGAGGGGGGAUUUAAACUUCACUCUGAAGCUGAUGCUGAACCUGGCUUUCUCAGACAUCCUGUCCCUCCUCACGCUGCCUGUGUGGAUUUACAACUUGCUGCAUGGCUGGACCCUUGGCCUUGGCGCAUGCAAAUUUACCUCCUACGUGGUCAUUAGCAGCUUGUAUGUCAGCGUGCUGACGGUCACCCUGAUGAGCGUGCAGCGCUACGUAGCUGUGCUGUAUUCUCAGUACUGGGCGAGGCUGCGUGGCACAGGUAAGAGGGCUCUCCUUGUUGCCUUGUGGGUACUGGCGGGUGUCCUUGCAUCACCAGCGAUCGCACUGGGGGAUGUGGUCGGGCAAGAGAUGCAAUGCAAAUGGCACUACAGAUCGGACACGGAGGAAGCGGCCACCUUGUUCAUGGAGAUUCUGCUGGGGUUUGUAGUGCCUUUCUCCAUCCUGGUCACCUCUUACUUCUGUCUCCACAAGAAAGUGAACCAGACCACCUUCUUCAGCAGCCAGAGGAUGACCAGGCUGGUGACCAGCAUUGUGGUCACCUUCUUCAUCUUCUGGAGCCCCGUUCACAUCACCAACAUCCUGCAAAUCUCUGCGGUCUUGCUCAAAUCCAAAACUCUCAAGAACUUUGUGAAGAAUUGCGUGGACUACACCCAGGCUCUGACCUUCCUCAACAGCUGUGUGAAUCCCUUUCUCUAUGCCUUUGCUACCCGCUGCCGUAAGGAGAACACAGAACAGUCUACAACGUCACAGGUUGUUUCAACUAGCAAUUUAUAACUCCCGGAGUGAUAUCAGUGUUGUUAACUCUGUGUUCCCUUGGAUACUAUCACCUAUUUACAACAAUUCAUUGUAAUCAGUCAUUUACUGUUUGGUGUAAUCAUUUCUAUAUUGUUCCAUUACUACUUUGUUAAUUAAAUGUAUAAGAAUUGUGUGUAUGUAGCUUUGGAAUUUUUUUACCAUUGUUUUUAAACUGAUUGUACACAAUUUCACAAUUGUGGAAAGUUAUGCAAAAAGGCAUUGUGAUUGGAAAUUUUAUGUUCUUGCAACAGCCAAUGCUAAUUAUAUUCCAAGGAUAUUGCUCCAUUUUGCUCACUGUUUGAAGAAGAAUUGGUGGAAGAGGAAUCAGUCCAUUUUGUAAAUUGAUCUUCUAUGCAUUGUAGUCAUAAUAUUCAUAGUACGAGUACAUAGUUGUUAUGCAUUCAAAUAUAAUUGUUGGGUCCAAUAAGAAUGCGAAAAGUUAUUCUUUAAGGCUUGUAUUUUAUUUAUUCUUUUCUUUUGCUUGAUGAGUGUUUAUUGCCAUACUGGCUAUGCAGGCUAUUUGGUAUCUUUCCAUUACACUGAAAUAUUUGGAUCGGUGUAUAGGUGACAGAUUAAUUAUUCAUACUGAUUGAAUGAGCUUGCUGUUAAUUUCAUUGAUACUAAAUUACGGUAUUACUCGGCUUAUGUAAAUACUUUCGAAUUAAAAUGUUGUUGGCAGUUGCAUCUACAUAUAUUUUACACUGUCACAGUCAUCUCUCAGAGGGACAAUAAGAAAACAGAAUUCAUCACUGAUAUUGUAUUUUAAUUAAUACCCUAAUUUGCUUGAUGCUUGAUUGCAUGCAGACACAGAUAAUAAAAAAUAAAAAAAACAUAUCCAUGAUCA